AAGCAUAUGGCCUGCCUUUGCCUAAAAAAGUUUCAAGCAUUUUAAAAUAUCCACAAGCCAAUUCCUCUCUCCAUUAUGUUGCCUUCUCUUGUCAGACACAUGAAAAUUCCUUGAUUUCUAUUUUAGACCAAUCUCACCCAUUUCUUCAAGCCUCUUUCAAAGAACUUUCCAUUAUUGCACUUCUCAAAGUGAGUGUUUGAUUACUGCAAUGAUUCCCACAAGGGCAGAAGAAGAAAAAAAAGCAUAUGAGAUUGCAGAAAACAACCAGGAUUCUGAGUCAAAGCAAAGUGAUCAUGAUGAUGAUGAAGGAGUAGCUGAUCAUCAUGAGGAUGAUAAUUUGAGAGAUUGGUUGAGCUUAAGCCUCAAUAAAAAUGAUCCAUCAUCAAAACCAGGCAGUAGUAGCAGCAAAAAUAAGGUUUUCUCAUGCAACUUCUGCAUGAGGAAGUUUUAUAGCUCACAAGCCUUGGGAGGCCAUCAGAAUGCACACAAAAGAGAGAGAGGAGCUGCAAAGAGGUACCAAUCUCAUAGGAUGAUGAUGACAACGAUGAUGGGGUUUCCCUUCAAUUCUGUAGCGGCUCGUUCACUUGGUGUUCAGCCUCAUUCACUUGUGCAGAAGGAAACCAGACAAGGGUCUUCGACGGUGGCUCGCUCAGGCGGCGAUGGUUUGAGCACUGGUUUUGGAAUGCCAUUCAUGCUUGAAGAUGCUAGGGAUAUGAUUUGGCCUGGAAGUUUCCGAGUGGAACACAGAUUGCCAAGUAGUACAGAUGAUCAUCAUCAAUCAGAUCAUGUACAUAAUAAACAGCUCGACUUAAAUUUACGGCUGUGAUUCUAAUUUCCUACUAUUGCUUCAGCUUACUGUGUUUUUGAAGCCAAGUUCUUGUUGUUUCAUUUCUUCAUCCAAAUAUUACAUGUUUUGAUCAUGAUAAUGAAUUUGGAUUACCGA